UUCCGAAGAUUAGCGAAGGUCUUAUGGGUGUGGAACAACAUGAGGGUGAGUAAUAAAUGACAGAAUUUUAAUUUUUGACACCCCUGCCUUAGAGACUAUUAUGUCACUGGAUGACUACACAACCAAUUGGAUGAUGUAAGUAAAAAAAAAAGAAAGAAAAAAGAGAAGGUUGUGCUGUUUCACAUGAAAAGCCGCUGAUACUAUUUGAGUGGCAUAUUCUGCUACAUCCUCUUACUGUUCACUGACUUACUGAAAUGGAAAGAUUCUUGAGAAUUAUAGUCAUCUGUGUCUGUGUCGUUUACAUUAACGCCCAAAGUUAUCAUGAAUUUGGGCUGAUACUAGCAUGCGGUGACUCAGAUCAAGAAGAUUUCAUUGUCAAAUGUGAUGAUGAUCAGGUGGCACAUGUGGAUUUCAAAGAGCAAAAAGGAAUCAUGACAUUACCUGACUUUUUUGCUGGCCAAAUUGAGCUUUUGUCACUGUAUGAGGACGCAAAAAAGGCUGUAUCUGUUUGCAGAAUCUUUCUUGAAGUGUUUAAAGAGGCAUAUGCCAAUUCAUCUGUACCACUUGAAUCCCCCUGGAGCUCAAUAUAUCCCAAAAGUGAUGCACAGUUGAAUAUCAAGAAUACCCUGAUCUGUCAUGUGACUGGAUUUUUCCCUCCACCUGUCAGAGUGUCUUGGACCAAGAACAAUGUGAAUGUGACAGAUGAAACAACAGUCAGUAGAUAUCACUCCAACAAUGACGGGACACUAAAUGUAUUUUCAUACUUGAGCUUCAUUCCAGAGGAAGGAGACAUUUACAGCUGUUCUGUGGAGCACAAAGCCCUUCAGCAACCUCAAACCAGAACAUGGGAUGUAGAGAUAAAGGAGCCCAGCAUCGGUCCAUCAGUGUUCUGUGGAGUUGGUCUGGCUCUUGGGCUGCUGGGUUUGGCCACUGGAGUCUUUUUCAUUGCCAAAGGAAUCAACUGCAACUAAUUAUACUGAUACAAUAACACUGACACCUGUAGAUGUUUUGAUUCUCAUGUGAAGUUGCAUGUAUGCUAAAGAUACAUUUAUUUUAAUGUUAAUUAACUGUAAAUGCCUUUUGCACUGAUGCCAUUUUGCUAGUGAGAUGCUUUGAUUUUAUGUUUUCAGGGCUCUAUAUUGUAUACACAGCAGAAGAAGUGUUAUACAAUAGCUAUAAAAGUCUUUAUAAGCCAUGAUAUAAUAUUCUACUGUUGCAUUUAAUGCGGUGGCUUUUAAAUUCUAUACUUAGUAGCUGCAUCAUGGGUCAUGAGAAACUACUCUUACUUUGUAAUAAAUUUACUUUGUAAAA